ACACAACGGUACUGGGUACUGGUAAACGUCGAUGAGGUGCAUCUUGGUGACGACACUGACGACGUUAUUUUCUUAAAAGCAUUUAAAGGUUGUGGUUUCAGAGUCCGUGGAGAAAAGAAUUCGUGUUUUUUUAUUCUGACAUGUUGACUAUAUGCGACGCGACCAAUGGACGUUUAAACAUUAUUUGUAACGAUUGAUCCAACUACUUCAAUAAACUUUAGUGCGAAUGCAACGCGCUCUCCGGCUUUCUCUUUGAUAUCGGAACUUAGAAAUUUUUAGACCUCAAAAGAAAAAAUCGUAUCUUGUUCGUGUUAAGAGGCUCGUUUUUGUUUCUUCAUCAUUAAUUUAACAUCAAAUUAAAAUGUUAAAUCAGGCAGUGGUUGAAGCUUUAUAUUCGGCUACUUACAUUGAAAACUAUCUCGACUGUGUUGAAAAUCUUCCAAACGAUAUACAAAGACACGUUUCACGAUUGCGAGAAUUGGACGCCACUUGUCAAACUUAUUUGAGAGAAAUUGAUCAGCAGCAAGAAUUACUAAAAAAUGAUAUCGACAUAUCAGUCAGAAGACGGGCCCUCCUUCGAGUCCAGCAGGCUUUAAUAGCAGCUCAAGAAAUUGGUGAUGAAAAACUCCAAAUUGUUCAACAAGUGCAGGACCUUAUUGAAAACAAAUCUCGUCAAUUGGAUCUGGAUUAUCGUAAUUUGGACUUUGGGAAGGAGCAAGAGACAACAGAGCCAGCUCGAGAGGCAAACAAUACGUUGAAUUCAAGUAAUACUAACAACACAAACAACAUUGAACGACAGCCAAAAAGAGCAAGGAGAACUCGUACAGAAACAUUGGUGGAAUCUGCGCAUGCGAUGGAUAUGAUUGUAAUGUCGGAAACGAGAUCAACAACGUUGGCGAAUGCGAGUAACGGAAAUCAAAAGAAAGCAGCUAACGCGACAACAAGUAAGAAGAAGAAAAGGAAAUCACGCCAGGGUAAUCAACAAAAUCAGCAUCGUGAAGACACACCACCGCCGCCGGAAGAUGAUUUGGCGAUUGAUCCGGAUGAGCCAACAUAUUGUUUAUGUGAUCAAAUCUCUUACGGCGAAAUGAUAUUAUGUGACAAUGAUUUAUGUCCAAUUGAGUGGUUCCACUUUUCGUGUGUGUCCCUCAGUACAAAACCUAAAGGAAAAUGGUUUUGUCCAAAGUGCCGGGGAGAUCGUCCAAACGUAAUGAAGCCAAAGGCACAGUUCCUUAAAGAGCUGGAAAGAUACAACAAGGAAAAAGAAGAAAAAUCGUAGCAGGAACACACUACACGAGAGAGAAACUCGACCAAUUUCGGUUGAACUACAUUAUUCAAUGAGACAACUAAUUCGAGUUCACUGAGAAAAGCGAACGAGUCAACACAAGCCAUGAAUCUACUUAAGAUGAAGGCACGUGCUGUCGCACAAAAAAAUAUUCCACGAGAGUUCGGCCAUGACGGACGACUCCCAACAAUGGUGGAUAAAAUAAACAAACAAUGUGUUAAGCAUUCUCAAUGGCAAAUAAAAAAACAUUGAAUAAAAGAAAAUCAUGAACCCGGUUCUCCUCGCAGUUUAAACGACGUCGAGUGUUUGUUCAAUUGUCAGAAUUUCAAUGUGUGUUGAGGCGUUGACAAAUCGGGAUUCGGAGAUGCGUCUGAGAUGAACAUUUUUUCAUAAAUAUUGAAUCGACCAGUAUUAAUAUUGCGUGUAAAUAAAUUUUUGUCUAAUGACAAUGCAGUGAAAUACAAUUUUUAUGGAGAAAAAAAUGACAAUAUCUACGUGUUAUCCAAUUUUCAAUAUUAUAAAAUAUGAUAAUAAAAAAUAAAAAAGUGCAUGGGUAUUGAAUUUUAUCAUCAAUUCUGGAUAUUUUUUACUGAUCACAAUGAAGCAAUGAAGACAGUUCAAAAACCACAUUGCGUACACAGGGUGUCUAAUUUUGACCAGAACAGAAAUUUCAUGACUUUUAAGGCUUUUUAAGUCAAGGAACAGGAAUUUUUCAUGACUUUUCUUAUGGUUCUGAUACUUUUUAUUCAUCUUUUAAUUAUAAAAAAAUUCAAUAAAAAUGAUGAGUAUUGACGAACCAGACAUUGUCGCCACCCCGCGAAUUUUGAAAUCAUGUUGAAGAAAA